AAAACAAUCCAUCUUUAAAAUAUGGACACAAAGCUGAAGAUGUCCUGGACGUAUGCAACCCUGCUGGCCCUCGUCGCUGUGCUUGUGGCACUUUCCUUGUCUCCAGAGGCCGACUCUGCAGCUGUGCCCGGCAGCAAAGGCAGCGUUAAAGAGCCUCAAGGUUCAAUGAAGAAGAUCUUCAUGAAAGAGGCAGAUGCAGCAACCUUCUUCAGAAAACGCGGCAGACGAGCCUCAAAGUCUCAGGAUGAGAUUAAUGCUGAGCAGAGGCAGAUUCUAGCUGCAGAUGAACGAAUGAGAGAGUUUAACGAGGAGAAGAGGACCCGGCACGAGAACUUCGCUGAAGAGGAGGAUGAUGAACAAAAUGAGAGGAGCCGAGAGAGCACGGAGCAGUGGAGUGAGUUUCACUACGACGGGAUGCAUCCUCCUCAGGAGUACAACCGCCAGUCCAUCUGAGGCCCAGGGCUGAAGAGAGGAGAGAUGUGAGCUUUUAGAGAAACAACUUAAAAAACACAAUGAGACUUUUCUCCUCUGACACUGACGGUUGAGAUAACAGCUUGUUGUUUUCACCCUUUUCAAGGUUCAAGGUUCUUUAUUAGUCAUACGAACAUAGCUUCAGAGUAGUUAUGCCGAUGAAAUUCUUAAG